ACAAUUUCUAGUUCAGAGUCAUGCACUGACAUAUAUCUACAUUUUUAAGAAUCAAAUGUUUUUUUUCCGGGUUCAAAAUUGUUUUAGAAAAAAAAAAUGUUUCGUCUACCGAUACUAGACUAGCUAGAACUAAUACUUACUCUCAGCCUGAGACUCAGGUCUCUUCAUCUUCCCUCUUAUUUAUUAUAAAAUAAAAUCAUGUCUGAACCCCCAUUUACCAUUCGUAUACGUUCUGAAAAUAAUCAAGACAUGGAUUGGUUUGUUAAUCCAGAUGAAGUAACAUUCCGACAAACAUUGGAAGUUUUCUCACAGAUUAUUCCAGACUCAUCACCAACAGCUUUUGAAUAUGAGGAUGAAGAUGGUGACAGAAUUACAGUCCGCAGUGAUGAGGAAAUGAGAGAUAUGUUUAGCUAUUAUUUCAGGGAACUCAGCGAUGAAGACAGAGACAGAGGAUUGUUUCCACCUUUGAUUAUUUUUCCAAAACAACCUAAAACGCCACAAAUUAGAAAUAUCCAUGGGUUAAAGGUUAGAACUGGUAGUCAGGCAGAGGAAAAAACAGUUUCAAUGGGGCGUCAACAGAUGAAUAUUUUGAAUAAGAACCCAGCAGGAGUUGGGUUUGAGAGUAUAUUGAGCUGUGGUGAAAUUACCAAAGAAUCGUUACACUAUGAACGAAUGAUUGGUGCUGGAAAUGGUGGACAGGUUUACAAAGCUAUACAUAAACCUACUGGAAAGAUUAUGGCUGUUAAGGAAAUAGAAGUUCAUAUUGCAGUGCCUGAACAAAGACAGAUCAUUUUGGAAUUAGAAAUUCUUUACAAGUGUAAUUGUCGCAUGAUCAUAUCAUUCUACGGGGCUUUCUUUUUUGAAAACAGAAUCUCAAUCUGUACUGAGUUUAUGGAUGGUGGGUCUCUGGAUCUUUAUAUGCCAGUGAAUGAGUUAGUUUUGGGCCAGAUAAGCUUGUCUGUUAUUGAAGGGAUGCUGUACAUGUGGAACCUUAAAAUAUUACAUCGAGAUAUUAAACCCUACAAUAUACUUGUCAAUACAGCUGGCCAGGUCAAACUUUGCGACUUUGGAGUCAGUACACAGCUUGUCAAAUCUAUUGCCACAACAUUCCUUGGUACUAACGUUUACAUGGCUCCGGAAAGACUACAAGGACAUGAUUAUGGUAUACCUGCUGAAGUGUGGAGCUUAGGGGUAACAUUAUUUGAGUUGGCGACUGGAAAAUUGCCUUUUGCUACUUUAAAUACAAAUGAACGGAAUUCUGUGUUACAGCCAAUAGAAAUAAUGAAAGUCAUUAUUGAAGAGCCUCAAAUCAAGCUUCCUAUGGGCCAGUUUUCUCAAAAUCUAAUUGACUUUGUUAAUAGAUGCCUUCACAAAAUGCCAGCGUUACGACUCUCAGGGCAGGAUUUGUUAAGUCAUCCAUUUAUGCGCAGUCAACAAAGUUUAAUACCUUCUGUCAUCUCUCAACUUGUUUCCACCAAAAAACAAUUUUUAAAUAACUCCUAGUAGUCACAUCAAAUUAACAAGUGGAAGAGAAGCAUGCAAGAUGAACCAGUGUCUAGGAAAAUAUAUACAGUUUUAUUCUUUGAGUCAUGGCUUACAAAAGACACGAGUCUCUUGGACUACUUAUAAACAUUUCUGCUCUAAACACAUCCACAUGAAGACGUAUAUGUGGCGGGGAAACAUAUAUUUUGGCUCUUGGGACAUAAACAGCCUAGCAGACUUUAGUACAACUUAUAUGCCGCUACAGGCAUCAAGAAAAAUCAGUCCUAGCAGGAUGUAUGAUAAUAUACAGAUUUCUUCUACAAGCACACACCACUUUGUUAAUUGUUAAACCGAAUAUUGGCAAGGUGGAACAACUCUGUUACACAUAAAUAGUAAUACCUGGGGAAAUAUGUAUGUUUCUGUUGUAAGCACAAAGGAUUAAAUGACUUCAAACAACUCGGAUAAUGAUCAUGGACAAAAGAGAAUAAGGAAUUAAGAUAAAGGAUAGAGAAGAUGUUAGAUAAAGGAUAAAGAAGAUGUUAGAUAAAGGAUAGAGAAGAUGUUAGAUAAAGGAUAGAGAAGAUGUUAGAUAAAGGAUAGAGUAGAUGUUAGAUAAAGGAUAGAGAAGAUGUUAGAUAAAGAAUAGAGAAGAUGUUAGAUACAGGAUAGAGAAGAUGUUAGAUAAAGGAUAGAGAAGAUGUUAGAUAAAGAAUAGAGAAGAUGUUAGAUACAGGAUAGAGAAGAUGUUAGAUAAAGGAUAGAGAAGAUGUUAGAUAAAGGAUAGAGUAGAUGUUAGAUAAAGGAUAGAGAAGAUGUUAGAUAAAGGAUAGAGAAGAUGUUAGAUACAGCAUAGAGAAGAUGCUAGAUAAAGGAUAGAGUAGAUGUUAGAUAAUGAAGUUCAAACUCAUGAACUCUCUAGCUUGAACUUCGGGCAUCACCUCAAGCAAAAUAGCACAUUUUAAUUUAUAUAUAAGCAGAAUCUGAUAGCCUUCAGCAUAUGCCAUUGUGCUAGAAAGAAAUGUUACGAAAUAGACUGAUGAUCUACAGUGCAAGAGAAAGUUAAACAAUUACACAAUGUAGUGUAACUAUGUUGUUUAUUUUCCAUGUGUUUCUAGCGUGUCUGAAAGAAAUGUCCAUUGUGUGUCCAUAGAACUUGAAUAAUCAAUCAUGUGAGACAUAUAUGUGCUCGUUUAUUGUUUACUGUGAUCUUGUUGAUAAAGGCCAAAAAAUAUGUAAUUCUAGUAGAGUUAUUUUAUUACACAUAUUUUGUGUGAUAAAUCUACUUUGUAUCAGUUACUACCUGUACAUAUAUAUAUAUGAUUACAAGUGCCAUUAUGCUUCUAUACAAUAAAUAAUAGCAUUCUCUUUC